AUGUCUUCCCGGCCCCUAUCUCCAGAGCAUUGCGAUGAGCGGUUUUCUGGCUACCUGCUCUCACUUGCUGCUAGUUCCACUGAAAAGCAGUUGAAGGAACAGGCUCUUGCGGCUUUCCCUAAUGAGCAGGUUUACCAACCUGUAGCACAUUUUGCUAUCGACAAAGAAGACGCUGAUUCGGAAGGUGAAGAUUCUGCGUUUUUCGAUACUAGCAACGAGCUUAGUCUCAGGCGCCAGUCGUCUGCGGAUCUAUCAUGGGAACUUGAAUGUAUGCGCCAACAUAAAGAAGAGGCCGAGAUGAGAGACAGAGCAAUGAUCGGCCGUCAGAAACCAGCGUACACACCCGCAGAGGCUAUGAAAGGGCAGGCCUUUGGCCGCUUACAGUCAUUCCCCCCAACGAAUACGCUUGAGGCAUGGCAGAGAGACCCGAAUAUAACAUUAAUGCGACACGGCGCCAGUCCGCCCAUGCUUGGCGAUGAUUUGGUUUUCCCUCAAAGUUUGUCUCCCAGGUCGACCCUUUGUGAUGCCGAGCAUGGACACGCAAGCACGUAUCAGCAAGGGACCCAGGAGGAAACAUGUGAGCAUUGCGGUCUUUGGUGCGCGAGUGCUCACGUACACAAUGAUUGUGGUGGAGGCGGCUUGUGGAAGGGAACAUGUCUCAAGGCGGGCGAACUCGGGUAUCAUCCCAGAGAGUCGGUUUUGUCUGGUAUCAUUACGCCAAUACCACCUGUUGACGAUGUGAUUGUGGAUCUUGAUAUCCCGUUGACAACGCCAACAAUACAGAAUGGCAAGCGUCCGUCCACUUGUACUUUGGAAGAUGGCCUCUGUAAGGAAGGCGACAACACGGACUUUCUUACCAAAGGAGAGAUUAACGAAGAGUUUAAUGAUACAUUUGUCACUCAAAUCUACAACUACCUCUCUCUCGGUUAUCCUUCAGUGGCACGUUAUUAUGACCAUGAGCUUAGCAAGAUUUCGGGCAUCUCUAUAGACGCGCUCCGGCGAGAUGAUUUGAGUUCAGUGGCUCAAGGUCAUGUCGGGAUUGGGGAGCGUAUCUUUCUGGAUAAAGAAACCCCUGGUGGUAGAUGCGUACGUUGGGUGGCAUUGCAACUGUAUAUACAUGAGUGGGCUAGACAGCAACCCAGGAUGGUUAAUGCUGAUUCUAGCCUUGAAACCUGGGGAGUGAGAGAAAGAAGAGGAAGCUGGGCCAUUUAAGAGUCUAUAAUGAAUCAAGAUCUUCUCUUUCUUUGGUAGUUUGUUACAAUUAUUACUGAAAUAUAAAACUAUAAAUGGGC